UCAUUUGAUGAUGAUGAAACUGAAAUUUCAAUUGCGAAAGUUUCUUCAAUACCAAAAACUAAAAAUAAUAGAUUAAUUCUCUUAGAUGUAAUUGUUUCACAAAAAAUCAAUUUAGAACGACAAUA